CUCAGACCUCUGUUUUUUGUUCAAUGGGUUCGGUGAAAGGUGAGCAUAAUAAUAAUGUUAGCUUCGCGGCGCCGAGGCCAUUCGUAACUCGGCUGAAAUCUGAUCUGAAAGAGACGUUUUUUCCGGAUGAUCCGUUCAAGCAAUUUCAAGAAGAUGGGCCUGGGCAGCAACUGAAGAAGGGUGUUCAAUAUUUCGUCCCCAUUUUGGAAUGGCUUCCAAAAUACAACUUGAGUAUGUUCAAAUACGAUUUGCUGGCUGGUAUUACCAUCACCAGCCUCGCCAUCCCACAAGGCAUCAGCUACGCCAAGCUCGCCAGUCUCCCUCCGAUCAUCGGCCUUUAUUCAAGCUUUGUUCCGCCGUUGAUUUACGCGGUGCUGGGGAUUUUGGUGGAUUUCUUAUCGCAUUCGACGAUCGUUGGGUUCAUGGGAGGGACGGCGGUGAUCAUUUGCCUGCAACAAUUGAAGGGCAUUUUUGGACUCAAACGCUUCACUUCAAAAACCGACGUCUAUUCCGUGCUUCGUGCAGUUAUCAGCCUUAGACAUGAGUGGAGAUGGGAGAGUGCUGUGGUGGGCAUCGUGUUCCUGAUUUUUCUCCAGUUUACUAGGUUUCUGAGAGACAGAAGGCCGAAGCUAUUUUGGGUCUCAGCGAUGGCUCCGAUGGUGACGGUCAUAAUUGGCUGUUUAUUUGCAUAUUUCAUCCAUGGAGAAAAGCAUGGAAUCUUAACUGUGGGUCACUUGAGCAAAGGAAUAAACCCUCUUUCUAUUCACUUCUUGAACUUUGAUUCUAAAUAUCUCCCAGCAGUGGCACAAGCUGCCCUCAUCACUGGCCUUGUGGCUUUGGCUGAAGGAAUAGCAAUUGGCAGAAGCUUUGCAAUAAAGAGAAAUGAACAAAUCGAUGGGAAUAAAGAGAUGGUAGCCUACGGCCUAAUGAACAUCGUGGGAUCAUUCACUUCCUGCUACUUAACCACUGGGCCAUUUUCAAAGACUGCAGUGAACUUCAACGCUGGGUGUAGGACAGCAAUGUCCAACGUAGUAAUGGCGAUCUUCAUGGCUCUGACCCUCCUUUUUCUGGCCCCUCUCUUCAGCUACACACCUCUUGUAGCUCUCUCCGCCAUUAUCAUGUCCGCCAUGUUUGGCCUUAUCAAAUAUGAAGAAUUCUAUCAUCUUUUUAAGGUCGACAAGUUCGAUUUCUGCAUUGCCAUGGCUGCUUUCUUGGGCGUUGCCCUGUUGAGUAUGGAUAUUGGAAUCAUGCUUUCGGUGGGACUUGCUUUGGUGAGAGCACUACUUUACAUGGCUAGACCAGCAACUUGCAAGCUGGGGAAAAUACCAGACUCCGCUUUUUACAGAGACGUGGAGCAGUAUCCCGGUGCCAUGAAAGCCCCUGGAAUUAUUGUUCUUCAACUUGGUUCCCCUGUUUAUUAUGCCAACGCCAAUUACAUUAGGGAAAGGAUUUUCAGAUGGAUCCGGGACGAGCAGGCCGCAUCAGGUCCCAAAAAGGGAUCCGUCCAACAUGUACUGCUGGAGUUGAGCGGAGUUACAUCCAUCGACAUGACAGGGAUUGAAACUCUAGUCGAAGUCCGCAGAUCGUUGCAAGCAAAUGGAAUUCAGAUGGGAAUCAUAAACCCAAGAAUUGUAGUGAUGGAGAAGAUGAUAGCAUCGCAUUUCACAGAAACCAUCGGCAAAGAGAAUAUCUAUUUAUCAGUUGACGAUGGAGUAGAAAGUUGCAGAGUUACGGUUCAUAAAACGAAGGAAGCCGAUGAAAGUGAUCGAAAUUCAGAUGUGACGGUGAUGUAGCCAGCGGGUACUCGUGCUGGUAUUCUUCAGGCUAUAAUUUGGGUUACUGAAAGGAAAGAUCCUCUGUUGUUGUACUUUUCCAUACGAAGAGGCGAAGCCAAAAAAUAUAUAAUUUGUUCUGCUCUUCCCAA